GAUGAGAUUGAACCCGCCCAACUGAAUACAGAAUGACACUGGAAGGAACCAAGUGCAAGAUACUGCCACAAAUACACACCACGUGCUGCAUCUGUGAAAGCAAUUUAUCCGAGUUUCAACAACGAGUAUAUCACACUAUUGCCAAAAUAGAGAAAGGUCAAGUCACAACUUAUGGUGAACUGGCCAAGGCGUUGGACUCGGCACCAAGAGCCGUUGGACAGGCUCUCAAAAGAAAUCCUUUCAACUCCGACGAAUAUAUUCCGCGAGUUCCUUGCCACAGAGUUAUUUCCAAGAACUGUACCCUUGGAGGAUUUUCGGGAAAGACUGACGUGAACUCAGCAGAGAUUAAGAAGAAGCUAGAACUUUUGGAGUCAGAAGGUCUAAAAUUUCAGAACUUCAAACUGAAAGAGUCUAUGCACGACAGGAUAUUAAACUGGCAACAACUGAGCAACAUUAAAAAGUAUUAAAGAAAAUGGGUAUUUUCGCCGGUGAGUAGCUUCAGUUUUG